UUCACAGGACCGUAAUCAUCUUCCUGGUCUGUGCUGCAAUAUGUGACGAUGGCGGCGUGUGUCGGUGUUGUGUUCUUGUUUGCCUGCCUCAGUGUCGUAGCUGGUGACUGUACGCCAGGUAAAUACGGCUACAGAUGCAGCUACCAGUGUCACUGUCCCCUGGUCAAUUGUAACCCUACUUCCGGUUGUCAACCUGCACAUUGUUCAGAGGGAUGGUCCGGUCCGACUUGUCAGAAUGAAAAUAUAGCCCUAAACAAGACAACAUCAUCAAGUAGUGUCUUUUUCCCAUCAUCGAACGCCGUCAAUGGGGACACAAGAGGCGGUGAUGAACACAGAUGUUUUCAUUCAGUGUAUGAUGAUGCCAGUAUAACAUCUGCCUGGUGGAGAGUGGAUCUCGGAAAGGAAACACUGGUGCGUGACGUCGUCAUAUACUUCAGAACUAAUUACAUAUUUCGUCGGAACGGUAUCCAGAUAUACAUCGCUGAUACUGACGCCUCCCCAACUGAUGGAGUCAACUGCUACACCAUGACAGGAAACAGAAACGGGACGGACAUACCUGAUGUUUUGAACGUCACGUGUUCUGGUGAAGGACGCUUUCUGGUCCUGUACACCACAACUGUAAACAACGAGAAAAACAAUGUCAACGUACCCGUCCUGGAUUUUUGUGAAGUGAAGGUUGAAGUGUGUGGCCCUGGUACCUUCGGUGCUGACUGUGACAACUACUGCCACUGUGACGGCGAGGUGUGUAACUACGUGAGCGGCGUCUGUCCGAGUGGAGACUGUCUACCAGGCUGGCAACCAGACAAGUGUGACACGGUGUGUGUAUUUGGCGGCUACGGAACAAACUGUAAUGGGCGAUGCUCAGACAGACACUGCAAGGGCGACGACUCUAGCUGUGCUCACGUUACGGGGAAGUGUGUUGAGGGCUGUAAGGCAGGAUGGAAUGGAACUGACUGUACACAGAAAUGUGUAAAUUCCUACGGAGAAGGCUGUGUCAACCUGUGUUCCUCUAGGAGUUGUAGUGGAAACUCUUCCUGUAAUCACGUGACCGGGCAUUGUGAAAAUGGCUGCAUACCCGGAUGGAAACAUAUUGAUUGUACAGAAGCCUGUGUCCAAGGAGUGGAAUAUGACGCUGGUUGUGUUGGAAACUGCAGUGCCCGGAUGUGUAAGGGAGGGAAUAUCAACUGUCACCGGGACACAGGCCGAUGUGAGUCAGGAUGUCAGCCAGGGUGGAAAGGAGAAGACUGUACUACUGCCUGUGUCCAAGGUGUGGAAUAUGGAGCAGCAUGUGUGGGUAACUGCAGUGCCCGGAUGUGUAAAGGAGGGAAUGUCACCUGUCCCCGUGAUACAGGGCAGUGUGAAUCAGGAUGUCAGUCAGGGUGGAAGGGGGAAGACUGCACUCAAGCCUGUAUCCAAGGUUUGAAAUACGGCGCUGGAUGUCUUGAUAACUGCACUACCCGCAUGUGUGAGGGAGGGACCGGCACCUGUCCCCGGGAUACAGGUCGCUGUGAGUCAGGAUGUCAGUCAGGGUGGAAGGGAGAAGACUGUACUUCAGCAUGUGUCCAAGGAGAUGAAUACGGAGCUGGAUGUAAAGGUAGCUGCCGUGCCCGGAAGUGCCUUGGAGAGUCGGGCUCCUGUCCCCGGGAUACAGGCCGGUGUGAGGAUGGGUGUCAGUCUGGAUGGGAGGGAGAGGACUGCGCCAAAGGUUCUUAUGGAGUCGUUGCCCUGUGAAGGGUGGAAAGGGAAAAGAGACAGCUGACUCCAGCAUGACACUAGCAGACAACUACACAUCUACAUCCGAACUGCCACGCACUGAUGGACGCAACACUCAAGACAAAGACUAUGCUGGACUGGACACGGAAACGAGAGCUGACAACAAACACUAUGACGUCAUCCAGAAUAAAGUAUAUGAAAACGCAUAAACUCGAAGUGUGCACGUAGACAUGUGACUGUACAUAAGCUUCCAAUGCAAGUUUAUUGCCAAUCUCGAAAUUAGACCUGUUGUCGGUCAUACAAGACGUGAUUGAAGUAAGGCCUGAUGGAGGUGACCCAAAAAAAAUUCAGCUAUCAAAUGACUCCUCUGACAAAGUUAACGAUGGUGACAGUAGCGGAUUAUCUUAAUGCAUAAAAAAACCUACAAUAACGUUGUAUUGAUUUAUAUUCUUAAUGUCACAUUUGCCUCUUUUAAAGUUAUGCACAUAUGGCCAAAAUUAACCCAUUAGGACCGGACACUAAGAGGAGAUGGAGCCUGUAUGUUAUGCACCCUGUCGUCUGUUGAGGACGAGUUCCAAUAUCUCUCGGUUCAUAUGCCACAAAUAUUAUCACCAUUGAUAAAUACACCUGCAAUAGAGAAAACCCCUAGAAUCCGAACAUAUGUACACAUCUUAAAAGAGCAUAUGCAAAGAAGCAAGCUUUUGUAACAGCCAUGUUAAAAAAAAGUGUUUAGUCAUUUGUUUUGUCAAAUGUGAGAAAUGAGCUCAUUUUAUAUCUUGAUCCAUGUUGCACCUCAAUGAAUGUCACUCAGUUGAAUGUAAUGUACAGAAUAGGUAGGAUGGAUGACAUUGAUAUUUAACACUGUCUGAAAAAGGAGAUAUACCAUUAAAUAGAGACAAUGCAUAGUUGUAAGAGUAUAGUUAUGUCAAUAUGUGCAGCUGAUAUGCCCUACGUAAGGACGAGUUAGUAUUUCAUUAUUUUAUUGACUUAAUACAUGAUGGGGACCAAUUGUGCUCUCCUUCUUGCUGAUCUCUUACACAUAUGAAUCGUAAUUUCUGUUCCGAGUGGCAAAGUCCAAAUAAGGUAAUUUGGCUGGGAGUUUAACUUAAGCUUUAGGUAUAUCGUAAUCGUUGACAGCGUAGAUAUAGCUGCAAUGAAAUUGCAUCACAAUGCUUUGCAGACCAUUGAGACGUCGUCGGUUACCAUGACGUCACAAUCAAAUGACAUCACUAAUGGCUCUGCUACUGAAGCUGUUGUCAGUUACACGAACAUAGCUUUCAUAUUUAAUAUGUAAUUGUAUUAUAUCGUCAGGUGUAAAUAUAUUUCAUAACUAUUGUGCAUGUCAUUGUAAAUAUUUAUCUUUGGGUAUGGCCUUCAAUUUCGUUCUGUGUAUGAAUUCGUCAUUAUUAUUUAACAGUUCAGUAACAUUUCAGUUGAUUGAUAAGUACAUUUUCCUUAUGUAUUUACCUCAUUUAUCGCGCAGUUCUUACCUUUAUUUACCGGUCAGUUUUCUGUAGAAUGUAUCUUCUUAGCUGUGUUCCAUUUCCCGGUUUGUAGCAAGCUGCCAUUUUAUGUAACAGUCUGAGUAGACUUUUAGUUUCGUAUCUCGUAUUUAGCUUAUUCAGUAGCUUCAACUCAAUUUCUUAUCAUCUAAAUAUUUGAUGUAAUUAUUCGUUUGUAGACUUAGUUCAAUUAGGCUUUUAUUGCUUUGUGCUUUGCUAUAUUUAUUGUAUCUUGUUUCGAAUGAAUUCGUUGAUGACGUCACUCAUCAACAGUGACAGUUGUAUUCAGUUGAAGAUUUGUUGUGCAUGAGAGUAGACGUAGAUUGUAUGACGCUCCGAUUUCGGAUAUGUUUAUUUCUUUAAGUUUGGCCAAGUUGUAAUUUAUUCUAGUGUAAUAAUUAUUGUUCAUUGUUAUAUACAUCUAAUUACUAUUAAUUCAAUAAAUAUAAUUAUUUAUUGACUUCAA